UUUCUCUGAAACUCAAUCAAUCGACAUACUAUGGAUGAAGAGUACGAUGUAAUUGUGUUGGGCACAGGUCUCAAGGAAUGCAUCCUCAGUGGUCUUCUCUCUGUUGAUGGCCUCAAGGUGUUGCACAUGGAUAGAAAUGACUAUUAUGGAGGAGCUUCUACAUCUCUCAAUCUUACACAGCUAUGGAAACGAUUUAGGUCAGAUGACAAGCCACCAGAGGACUUAGGUUCCAGCAGAGAAUACAAUGUUGAUAUGAUACCUAAGUUUAUGAUGGCGAAUGGAGCUUUAGUCCGUGUUCUCAUUCACACAGAUGUUACAAAGUACUUGAACUUCAAAGCUGUAGAUGGAAGCUUUGUGUAUAAUAAGGGAAAGAUAUACAAAGUCCCUGCAACAGAUGUUGAAGCACUGAAAUCGCCUUUAAUGGGACUGUUUGAGAAGCGCCGUGCUCGGAAGUUCUUCAUUUAUGUCCAAGAUUAUGACCAGAAUGAUCCCAAAUCUCACGAAGGACUAGAUUUGAAUCAAGUUACAGCAAGGCAGUUGAUAUCGAAAUAUGGACUGGAAGAUGAUACAAUUGACUUCAUAGGUCACGCCUUGGCACUUCAUCGUGAUGACAGCUACUUGGAUGAGCCAGCCAAGGAUUUUGUGGAGAGAGUUAAGAUUUAUGCAGAGUCCCUAGCACGCUUUCAAGGAGGUUCACCUUACAUAUAUCCACUAUAUGGACUGGGAGAGUUGCCUCAGGCAUUUGCACGUCUAAGUGCUGUGUACGGUGGAACUUACAUGCUGAACAAACCAGAAUGCAAGGUAGAAUUUGACGAAAAUGGGAAAGCCAUCGGUGUGACUUCAGAAGGAGAAACAGCCAAAUGCAAGAAAGUUGUUUGUGAUCCAUCAUAUCUAUCUGAUAAGGUUCAAAAGGUUGGAAGGGUUUCACGUGCAAUAUGUAUUAUGAGCCAUCCUAUUCCAGAAACCAAUGACUCUCACUCAGCACAAGUCAUUCUGCCACAGAAGCAGCUUGGUCGCAAGUCAGAUAUGUAUCUCUUCUGCUGCUCUUAUGCUCAUAAUGUAGCACCCAAAGGAAAAUUUAUUGCUUUUGUUACAACAGAAGCAGAGACUGACCAACCAGAGGUGGAAUUGAAGCCUGGUAUUGACCUUCUUGGACCUGUAGAUGAGAUAUUCUAUGACAUGUAUGACAGGUUUGAACCCUGCAAUGAUCAUGAGGCUGAUGGUUGUUUCAUCUCUACUAGCUAUGAUCCUACCACACACUUUGAAACCACGGUUAAAGACGUGGUCGGGAUGUACAGCAAAAUCACUGGAAAGGUUCUUGAUCUUUCUGUGGACUUGAGUGCCGCAAGUGCUGCAGCUGAAGAUUGAGAUUGCUUGAAGCUAUAUAAACAUGCCCAAGUUUUGAAAGAGAAGCUUUAUUCUU